AUGUCAAAAUUAUAAUAAUAUCUCUCUGAUCUUAAAACUCAUUAAGAGGAAGAAAUAGAAAUACAAAUCGAUUAUCCAAAUAAAGCAGAAAACUCUGAUGAUUCUGAAGAUGAAUAGAAUGAAAUUCUUAAUGAAAUACUUAAAUGUAUGUAAAAAGGAUUGUCUGAAAAGGUUUUUGAUUUUGAUUUAGGUAACUAAAUAAAAUUAAUUGAUGUUGAUGAUAUGAAUAAAAGUGCCCUAUAUUUAGAUGCUUUAGCUUGGCUUUAUUCAAAUAGAGUAGAUAGAACCUAUGUUGAAAGUCUUAAAUUAAAAGUUAAUCUCUUAAGAGUAUAUGAUACUACUACAACUAUACCUAAUGCACCACCUUAAAAGAAAAGUAAACAAUCAUAAUAAACCUAAUAAUUAACUCAAAAAACUAUUCAUCUUAAUAGAAAUCUAGAACUUAAAGAAAUUACAAAAUAUGGAGAAUCUACUCUUGAUUUUAAACCAUAUACACAUUAAUAUGAUACACUUCAAAUUAACCCCUUCUUUAAUCAAACUAGUAAAUCUCUUGAUAUGCAAGAUCUUACUACACUUAUUAUUUAUAAUCCUUAAUUUGAUGAAAAUUUAGCUAUCAUUAUUGAUCCUGAUCAACUCUUAAAAAUUAAUGAGUAAAAUAAAUAAAUUCUUACAGGAUUCAUUAAAUUAGAAAUUGAUACUUCUGUACUUGAUUACUCUAAUUUAGUCUCUAAAUAAUUUAAAAUGAGUUUUAAUGAAGUUAAUGAUUUUAGAGAACGUUACAAAUAUUUACUUAAUAAAAAAGAAACUUAAACUGUUAAAAUUGAAAAAAAUUAAUAAAUUGCUAUUGACAAAUUUAUUAAUGAUUUUAGAGUUUAUGAUGAAAAAUUGAAAUAAGCUUAAUAAACUAUAGAUUAAUAACAAUAAUCAUUAUCUUAAUUAAGUGUUGAAGAAUAAUAAAUUUUAAGUUUAAAUCAAUAAUAUUAAUAAUAACUUAAAAUUAAUCCUACUGAAAUAGAUCAUGAUCAAUAAGCAUUUUUAAGUAAAAAAUUAGAAUAAUUGAAUUUUGAUUCUUAACCUUAACAAUAAUUUGAAAAUAUCAAUUAAAUUAAAGAUUAAUAAAUCAAUAUAUAAAAUUUACAGCAAUAGAUAAAUCAAAUGGAUAUUGAAGAAUUUAAUAAUUAAUUACCUGAAGUUAUGCCAGAUCCUUUAGGUUUUCAAGAUGAUUAAUUAAAUGAACUUCAAAAUCAUUAAUAGACUGAAGAAUAGAAAUAAUUGUAAUUGGAACAAUAUAAAAUUUAUUAAGAAAAGAAAAAGAUGUUAUAAGAAUAAUUUUAAAAAUAAUAAAGAGAGGCAGCAGAAAAAUAAAAUUAAGUUCAAGAAGAAAUUAAAUGUUAACUUACUUAUUAAUAAUAAUUCCAGGAUAUAUUUAAUGAUGUGAAUGCACCUGUAGAUGAAUGGGAUUUAGAAUAAGAAGAAGAAUUUGAUUAAGAUCUAGCACCUUAUGAAGAAUAACAAUAAAUGCAAAAAAAUAAUAAUCAAUAAUAGGCAGUUUAAUAGUAAUAGUAAUAGUAAUAAUAAUAAUAAUAAUAAUAAUAAUAAUAAACUAAUGUUAAGAAAAAAUAAAAGAAAGUGUAUCCAGAUACAUUUACUUUUGAUGAUGCUGCUGAAUUGAAUAGAUUUUUAAUUUUAAAUACAGUAGGAAAUACAUAAAGAGAUUUUGGUUAAAGAGAAUUAACAUUAAAAUGUUUAGCUGAUAAUUGUUAAGAUUUUGAUUAUUAUAGAUAUUUUGAAUACUUUACAAGAGAGUAUACAGGAUUUUUAGAAGAGGAAGAAUAAUAAUAAGCAAUUCCUGUACCAGAACCAGAAAGUUUUGGAUUAGAUGAAAUAUAAAUACAAGUAUAAAUGGAAACUACAAAUUAAAUGAUUGAAACAUAUUAGAAUGAUUUAGACUACUAUGUUUUACCUUUUAAAAUUUAAGCUAAUAAUAACAAUGAACCUAUUACAAUUAAGCAAUUAUAAGUUAUUUUAGAAAAAGUUAUUGAUGAAAUUAAAGGAUAAGUUGAAUUUAUCAAAAUAGAAAAAACAUUGCCAAUGAUAAUGAAUGAAAAAAUAAGUAAAAGUAAAUUAUUUGCUGCUCUUCUUUUUGUUGCUAAAAAUAGAGGAUACAAAUUAGAAUAAAAAAAUAAAUAAUUUAAAGAUAUUAUUAUAAAAAAAGAAGAAAUUUAAACUAUUGAAAUUGAUUAAGAAGAAAUUAAUAGAAACUCAUCAUAAAUUGAUAUAGCUAUGUAAAUUGAAAGAUGA